UGUAUGCAACAGUUGUGUGUCUAAUAAUACCAACAACCUGCUGCGCCUUUAAGAGGAUGACCGAGGAGGAAACCUAAUAUCCUAUCUCUCCAUAUCUGAGCUCAAGUCUCCCAUCAAUUACCUGCAAGAGCCGAGAACCGGACGAUAUCCCAAUCUACCCCCUUUUGCGCACUUCACCACCUGCUUUUUGUUUUUCCUCUCUCUCUCUUCUCCCUCUUUUCCUUUUUGCGACACAUAACCCGGAUUAAAUUACGCGUUGCACCUUUAAGAAGCUGUCGCCCGGAUUAGAGUUACGCGCAGUGAGCCAAAUCGCCCCGCGGAGGGGUUUUACGCACCGUCCGUUAUCCAGGGGAAGGCUCUCUCUCUCCUUCUGCGACACUUCACCUCCUCUCCGUCCUCCUCGCUGGUCCUGACAACUCGCCCCCGGGGGAGCCCUGAGCAAGCAUGGCCGAGAUGGGGAAAGGGGUCACCGCCGGGAAACUGGCCAUCAACGUCCAGAAGAGGCUCACCAGAGCGCAGGAGAAGGUCCUGCAGAAGCUCGGCAAAGCGGACGAGACCCGAGAUGCUGCCUUUGAGGAGAUGGUGGCAAACUUCAACAAGCAGAUGGUAGAAGGCUCCAAACUGCAGAAAGACCUGAAAACCUAUGUGACAGCAGUGAAAACUCUGCACGAUGCGUCACGGCGGCUGCAGGACUGUCUGGCCGACAUGUACGAGCCCGACUGGUUUGGCAAAGAGGAGAUGGACGCGUUGGCAGAGGAGAUGAUAGAGAAGGAGAUGGACAAUAACUUGGAGGACACAGACACGCUGUGGUUGGACUACCACCAGAGCAUCACGGACAAAUCUGUGACCUCCAUGGACACGUACCUGACUCAGUUUCCUGAUAUUAAGGCUCGUAUAGCAAAGCGCGACAGGAAGAUGGUGGACUUUGACAGCGCCAGGCAUCACUUCGCCUCCUUACAGAAAGGGAAGAAGAAGGACGAGGCCAAGAUCGCCAAGCAAGCAGCCCUGUUGGAGAUGGCGGCUCCCAGCUGGGCUCAGGGUUUGAUAUCAGCCCACCAGGUGGCUCAGACUAACCUCUCCUUCAACCAGGCGGAGGAAGACCUGGGUCGAGCCCAGAAGAUUUUUGAGGAGCUAAACGUGGAGUUACAAGACGAGCUUCCUGCGCUAUGGGACAGUCGUGUUGGCGUCUAUGUUAACACAUUCCAGGGCCUGGCAGGUCAUCAGGAGAAGUUCCACAAAGAUAUGAGCAAGCUCAGCCAAAACCUGAACGACAUCAUGACCAAACUGGAGGAGCAGCGGCAGCUCAAAAAAGAUGGUACUGCAGCCGCAAAGACAGAAGAUGGUGCAAAGAGUGAGGAAGCCGACAUCAGCGAAUCGGCCAGUUCAGCACCAAAGGCGGUGCAGAGGCCCGGCCCUCCUCCCAGUCGGCCUCCCCCCAGGCCGUCGCUGUCUCCGGACCCGGCCCAGCACCAAGUCAGCCUGUUUGACGACGAGGCCUCGGUGCCUGACUCUAACGCCGACUCCGCCACGACGACGACGACGACACAGCAGUGCGAGCCCUGGUCUGGGGUCAGCCUGCUGGACUGGGAUGUGGAGGUUUUACAGCCCGUCACAUCUCCAGCUUCCAAGACGCCAUCAUGGGACUCAUGGCAGGAACAGCCCACGGCAGAGAAGGAACAGCCCGCGGCAGAGCAGGAACAGCCCACGGCAAAGCAGGAACAGCCCCCGGCAAAGCAGGAACCACAGCCCGAUGGCGACCAGUUCCCAGCAGAGGCCCAUGGUGGCUGGGAUCACAACGAAGCCGCCGCCCAGAGCUGCACUCAGCCCAGUUGGGUCGACGCAGAGGCGGCCCAGGGAAGCUGGAACGCCGACCAAGGCUCUGCAGCUCAGCCGUACACGGAGCCCAAUUGGGAUGACGCUGGCGCCAAUGUGGGACAGGGAGGCUGGGGCGAUGCAGGGGAGCAGAGUGCUGUGACCAAUGGCUCUGACGGCGAACUCCCUCCAGGAUUUAUCUACAAGGUAAAAGCGAUACACGACUACGACGCCACUGACGGCGAUGAGCUGGAGCUGAAGAUGGGAGAUAUUGUGCUUGUUAUGGGCUUUGACAACCCGGACGAACAGGACGAUGGCUGGCUCAUGGGCGUGAAGGAGUCUAAGUGGUUGCAGGAGAAAGAUGCAACCGCCAAAGGUGUUUUCCCUGAAAACUUUACCCAGAAGUUUUGAGGCUCGUGACACCUAAAAGAUUCUGUUGCCCAAUCUCUGCCCCAAACUCUUCAGAUGGGUUAUCUGAAAAUCGAAUCAAAUCGCAAUGAAAUGUUUAUCUAUGCAGCAAAAAAUAUUGGCACGGUGUGAUGAGAAAGGACGUCUCGAUGGCUUUGACACCAAAUGAUUUGUUUGUGACAAUGUCUGUGUGCUCGUCUGUGGAAUCAUCACAGAUUUCUUGAGCACAUUUUAUGCAAAGCAAAUAAAACAUAUGUCAAAGUAAAAAUAUAAUAGAGACAAAGUGGGUUUUUUGGUAUAGCCUUAUGAUGCAGAGCUAUCUGAACUGUUUGAGAUGUCAAAUUAUGCACCCCAAAAUAAACGUGUUAGUCUUUUAUUCUUAUUCCUAAAUUAUUUAUAUGUUGCUCAACUCAAAUGAAACACAAAAACAGUGUUAGCAAUAUCCCAAAAAUAUUAAAUAGGGAGGAAGUCGUGGCUUUUCUGUAUGAAUGUCAAAGUAUUUAUGUUGUGUAUUGUCAAAAGCUUUUCAAAAAUAAUAUUUCAAGAACUUUUCAAAGUUCCUUGCAUGAAGCAUUUGAUCCUGUCGUCAUUUACUUCAUAAAACAACAAACACUGUGACACCAGUUGGGGUCGCACUAUGAAAUAUGGUUGUGAUUGUCAAAAAGUGCGAUGUCCCAGACUAGAGCCCUGGAGAACACCACAGAUUGAAGACAGUAUAUUUGCAGGGCUCUGCCUUGUAUUUUGAAAAUCUAUUAGUUUCUUGGGCUUGUCAAAGGGAACAGUGUUUUUUCAUUUAUGUUAUCGGCCAUUUUGAGGACGUGACUUGGCGUGUGGCUUAAAUUUUCUAAUGCACAUGUGGUUUUAUUUCGAUUUUUUUGAAAAUCAUCUUUUCAUUGAGGUGUAAAAUGCAAAACCUUCUCCUCAAACUCAGCCCAGGAUUUUUUUUUCUCCUUCAUCUUCUUCAGUUAUUUAUGACUGUUUACCACUGAUUUAGACAGAGGACUCUGAGAUAUAUCAUCCAACUCUUUAAUUUAAAUGUUUUUCAUAUGAACCUCUGUGAUCUCUUGGACAGGACUAUACGUCUGUCCCAGUAGUCUUUACCAUACUGUGAGUCCAUGGCUGCAAUGUCAACAGUCAUAACAAGGCUCGAACAUUAAAAUAUAAACCUUUAUUUAGUUCAAAAUGACGAGGCUGUCGUCCAGAGUAAUUUCAACCAAAUACUGUGCAGAAACCAAAGUUAAACCCAUGAAAACAAUUAUUUUUACAUGAUGUGGUUUUAAUGAACAUGUGGUAACUAUGGCACCAUCUGCUGGAUCAAGUCAGUUAUUAAAGACUAAUGAAGCAACAUG